GUUAGAUACACCGGCGGCUUGGCUCGGGAUGGGCCUGGCCAGGGAUCGGGGUCUCUGGGGAGGCGGAGCCGGCCGCGGCGACGAGGAGAGGCCGGGAGGUCCGGAGGAUCCCGAUCUCGGCCCUCCUCCGAGCUCGUGCUCGCCCGGCCCUCGCCACCAGAGCUCUUCGCCGCAGGCGCUGGCGCUCAGACCUGGCUGUCUCCACUGGCGGGACCGCCCGUGGGCGAUCACCUGCCUGCCUGCGACCAUGGCGCCGCGCCGCCCCGGGCGCGCCCUGCUGGCCGGCGCGGCCGCGCUCUCGGCCGCGUGGGUGGCCCGCGUCGCGUUCGUCCCCGCGCCGCACGCCGCGCCGGCGCCCCAGGGCCAGUUCAACCCCACGCUCGCCGUGUCCGCCGCGCUGCCCACGCUGAUGUUUGCCGCUGACGCGGAGGCCAAGUAUGGUGACCAGAGGAAGUGGCACUCCAUUCUGGUGCCACUGACCACCCUGAUCGUCCCAGGCAUCGCGUUCGCGGCCUUCUUGCUGUACACCUUCUCCGACGACUUCGCGUGGCAGCUGAACCCGAAUGCGCCGAAGAACAUCGAGAAGCAGGCCCAGUACGACAUGGUCCCCGCCUGGAAGAACCGCUCGGACCCUUUCAGGGGCCUGUUGAACAAGGACGACUUCGAGAAGGGCCUCGAGGAGGCCUGGGAGAAGGCCAAGCCGGCGGGCAGCACCGUGACGGUGAAGCAGAAGCUGGCCGAGAUGUCCACCCAGAACAACCCCCACUUCAUGGAGAACAAGCUGGCGAAGCUGAGAAUGAAGGCGAGGGCGGCGCUGUCCGCCUGAGGGCCCCCCGUGCUGCGUCGGGGCGGCCGCCGCCCGCCCCUCGGCCCACGACCGCGGGGGGGGGGGGGGGGCCCUCGCGGCCGAGGCGCCUCCCCCCCCCCACCCACCCCCGGGGGCGGGUGCAGGUUUUUGCUGGCUCUGCCGCCAAGCGGAGCCCUCGGUGCACCCCACGCCCUCUCGCCCCCUUCACGAGUGGUGAG